UUAUUUUUACUGGGUGGCAACCUUAGGAAUAAAAAAAUAUUUUAUACGAAAGAAGUGCAUCAUUUAUUCUUCUUUUAUCUCCGGAAAAUAAACGGAAAUAAUAAAAUGACAACAAUUGAGCAAGUUAAUUGUUAUUUUGCCAAUCUAAAUCCGGUAGCUGAGAAGAUUGCAUUCGAUAUAAGAGAAGUGAAAUCGGCCUAUGAUCAUGUAUGGCUAACAUUAAGUUCAAUUGAGCAAGAUGAUAUACUCAAUGAUACUAUAAUAAGACCAGAAAUAACUAUAAGAUAUUAUAAGAAUCCCAUUAGUCCAUCAUCACAAUCUUCAAAGGAUGUUCCCAGACUGACUGUAGUUAGUAAUAAGAAGGCAACUACGAAAUGCCAAAAGUCUAAUAAUAUAAUCUAUACAUAUGACAGACAACAUCUAAGCACAUUUAUUUAUCAAAAGACCGGCUUAAAAAUGAUACACGAUGAAAAUAUUGGAGAUUAUCGCGACGAGCAUUCAUAUCCAUUCAGUUAUAAGACCAAAUCUCAAAUAAAUCUAUCUGUGAUAGUUAGUAAUACCAAUACCAAUAGUAUGACUGUGAAGGACAAUGAUUUGUAUAAACCAUUUAUUCAAGUGGACACCAAACAUUUAACACCUGUCCCAACCAAGGCCUUGAAUAAAUUGAAUGAUCCUGAUCACGAUCAUGAUCAAGUAAAUGAUCAUCCUAACACCACUCAGGAAUUAAUCUAUGGCGAUGAUGACGAACAUUAUAAUCCAUUAACCAAUUCGGGUUCGAAAAACACUCUGUUAGGUAAUUUAACUGAUUCGACCGAUUCCGAAAAUGAAACCAAAUAUCAACAACAUGCCGAAAAUUGUAAAUUAUUGCCAGAAAAAGUUCAAAUACCCAAAGGAUUUGAUUUUUUAAGUAAUUGGUAAUCUAUACAAUUAAAUAUACAGUCAAAAAUUAAAUACACAAAAUCUCGAUUUAAUUACCAGCUCAAUCAAUAAAUAUAAUACCGAAAACAUUUAACCA